AUGUACAAACUGAGGUUGUACUUUGAAAUGCUGAAAAAGGAAUUUGGUAAAUUUGACGUCUUUCAUUCAGAACUCUCAAUUGAUGAAAUGAUGGUACGUUAUUAUGGCAAACAUUUAGCUAAAAUGUUUCUGAGGGGAAAGCCUAUCAAAUUUGGAUAUAAAAUUUGGUGUCUUACAAGUUCCAAUGGCUUUCUUUAUAAUUUUUCGCCAUACUGUGGCAAGACUGACAACAAACAGGAGCCUUUAGGUGCAAGGGUAAUAAAUGCACUAACCAGCAUGAUUCCAGAAUCAGAGUAUCCGAAUUAUAUGCUUUUCUUUGACAACUUUUUCACCAGUGUUGACACACUGAUAAUGCUCGGAAAGAGUAAAAUGAAAGCUACAGGAACAAUAAGAGAGAUCCGAACUAAUGCAUGUCCUUUGAUUGACUCGAAAAGAAUGGGAAAAGAAAAGGAACGAGGAUUCUAUGGCUACAUGUUUGACAAAGAGAACGAAGUUCUGGUUGUGAAAUGGAGUGACAACAAACCAGUAUGUGUAGCAACAAAUUACAGUACUAUUACUCCUCUGAGUUCUACUAAAAAGAUACUCACAGGCAAAGAAAAAGGAAAUAUCUGUUACAAUGCCACAUCUCACUGA